AUGAUUAUUAAAUCGCCUCCACCUAAAGAGAAGCCGUGUUGCACCCUGCCCACAGUGAAGAAACUCUUGGAGCAGAAGAGAAGACGCGAGACGUCAGCUGUGCCUCCCCCCUGCUCCUCUGCCAGCACAAGUCCUCCAACUACCAUCACAGAUCUCUCCACAUCAAAACCAUUUUCCUGCUCAGGUGCAGCAGUAAGCUACUCAGACAUGGCAGUGAGCUUUGAGCAUUGGCCGUCAGCCUCUGAAAGUUACUACGCCAGCCCUCAAGGACCAAGCUAUGCUGCAGCGUACAACGUCCCAAUGACGCCUGAAUACAACGCUCAGCAGCAGCUGCCAGUUUAUGAUGCGAUGCCUCAGACCUAUGAUUGCUCAGUGGCUCUUGCGGACCCCAGUAUGGCUUCAUCUUGGCCACUCCUUGGUCCCAGUCAGUCCACGCAGCUCAUCUUCGAUCCGUCGAUGGACACUGCCAAGCUGGAGGAGGCCCGAAUGCUGCUCAGCGGGAUGGACUACAACAGAGCCAUCUGUCAGGACGAAGAUGGAGACACGAUCCUGCACAUCUACACAGCUAAAGGACUCCGGGAGUGUGCCUUUGUUGCUGCAGAAAAGCUGAGGGAUCUCGGGAAACUCGAUGCCAAAGAACACAAGGGAAAGACAGCUUUAUUGGUGGCCGUGACGGCAAACCAGCCAGAGAUUGUGCAGGAUUUGUUGUCAUUAGGGGCGGACAUCAAUGCCUGCGAUGUUAAAGGACAAACUGCCCUCCAUUUGGCUGCUCACUAUGGGUUCCCAGGAGUUCUGCAGGCUAUUCUUUCAGGCCGACCAAAUGUCAACUUGGAGGCCCGUAAUUUUGAAGGUAUGACUCCUCUUCACUGUGCAGCUGUUUCCCACUGUGUCACCAUGAAAGCUUUGUCAGCCAUGGGACUGGCAGAUGUUCACCUUCAGACCAAAGCUAACGAGAAGCUCUCGUGCGUUCAGAUGCUGCUCGGUGCAGGAGCGUCCCUCCUCAGCCAGGAAAUCAAAAGUAACAAGACACUGUUGCAUUUGGCUGUAAAGGAAGGGAACAUUGACCUGGUCCGCUACCUGCUGCGGGUUCCCCUGCACAACGUGAAAGACUUUGUCAACAUGAAGGCUCAUGGGCACACAGCGCUGCACAUGGCGGCCGGUCUCCAUGGCAACCCGUAUCAGGAGGAGAUCCUGCAGUUGCUCCUGAGCAGAGGAGCCGAUCCCAGCAUCCGCAACCUGGAGAACGACCAGCCGGCGCACCUGCUGCAGAGCGGCCACCAGGGAGAGCAGCUCAAGCUUAUGCUGAAGAAACGAAGUGCUUCGUCACGUCGACGUAUCGUGUCCUUGCGGGACCAGGAAUGA